UCCAGAAGCCAGGCCGACAUUGUUGAGACGCGCAGAUGGCAGCUGUACCCACCUACGUCGGCCGUCUCUUGGAUUUCAUUUUCGCGCAGAAUGGUAGUAUCGCGUUCUGCGCCAGGAUCUAAACGCGCUUAUCGCCCUAAGACCAAGGGAUGUUAUGAAUGUUCGCAGCGACGCAUCAGUUGCGACGGAACAAAGCCCGGCUGUCGAAAGUGCGCUGCCAGAGGGCUCCAAUGCAGUGGUUUUGGCAUCAGAUACAGAUUCAGCCAAGAGACUGCCACAAGAUCCCACAAGAUUGGCAAGGCGGUACAAAGAUUGCGGGCUGAGUAAGUUUGUCGGCCACGACCACUCUGCGGUGUCAAACAUCGUUAUUGAUCGCGCAUACAGCAGCGCAGAAUCUCAGGCUGCAGAGACCUCGUCUCCAGAACUGCCAGCAUUCUCGGUCUCAUACGACUGUCUCGAGAAGAAUACUUCCUGCGAUAACCCUCCCUCGGUAGAUUGGGGAUCGUCAAACGACGGUGCCAUCUUCAAGCCUCUUAAUGAACCGUGCGAUGAUAUUUCUGCGGACUCAAAAAAGCCAGGCCCACCCAAGCACUGGUCUGAAGCCUUGACGCCCAUCGCGCUGAAAGAUGCACAACUGUUGUCAUUUGCAUCUGAUGGACAAGCUACUUUACUGAAGUAUUUCUCCAAUAACAUUGCACAAGAAAUGAUUGCAAUCGAUGAUCAGUUCAAUGGCUGGCGACAUCUUGUCUUACCAAUCACAUUUCAGGCAGAGCCAGUCAUGCAAGCCGUCUUAUCAGCUUCGGCCUUUCAUAUAGCUGCAAGGUACGGCAAUAUGAGUUUGACAGCGCAAGUGGUAUAUUCUAAAGCCAUCAAGGAGCUGGGUCGAAACAGUGAUUUAACCAAAUGUGGAGGGCUAUCACUCAACUACAACAUCCUAAGUAUACUUGUACUGCUUGUGUCUGUCAUGAUCAAUUCAAGUGUGGAUUUCCCCAUACUAUACAACAUGCUGGCACGCGCUGUAGAUGCCGUCGGUGGUGAAGAUGGCCUCGGAGUGGGAGAGCUGCCGGAUUUUCUUCGCCGUCAGAUAAGAAAGUUUCGUGUCUAUGCGGCACCGCUGAUCAGUGAGAAACUCGGGGUAGAAGCCAUUCAAAACCACGGCUCCCAAGCGCUCGACUGCUUAAGACAUUGUUCUCUCCGUCAUCCGGAAUACUCUCUGGCAAUUUCGAACAUCCAGGAUCAGAUUUUCCAGGCCUUCCAGAUAUAUCUACACCAAGCCGCCGGCGACAUUGACCAGAAGACAUCCAUACAGCUUGUCGAACGUUUCAGGCGGACGGCUGAAGCAUACCCAAGUGGCUGCUGCUCAGCCGAACACGUCCUCAUCUGGGCGUCUUAUAUCGUUGCCGCCGCCAGUACCCUUCCGGAGCACCAGUCAUAUUUCUGUCACCGACUUCGGAAGUUUCAUAUGGGCAACGGAUUUACAAACACUCUGAAAGGCUUAGACGUCUUGAGCACUGUCUGGGGACGAAGCCUUUCCACUAGAUGGACGGCGAUGCUAUCACAGACUCAGAUCUUCAUUAUGUAA